UCCACCACCCAAUGUUCUAUUAUUUUGUUUGUUUAGCAGAGAACUCGAGAUUUGGGGACCCGUGGGCACCCCUGAUUGCCAUUCUGCCCUUCCUGGCCAAGAACCGGGUUCCCGGCGGAAACGUCCAGAGCUCAAGCGCGGCCACCUUUCCCGCGGGCUCCACGCUGCUGGCGCUGAGAAUGCUGAACGGCACCACCCUGGAGGCAGCCAUGCUCUUCCACGGCAUCUCCGGAGGCCACAUCCAAGGCAUCAUGGAAGAGAUGGAGCGCAGAUCCAAGAGCGAGGCCCGCCUGGCCAAGGGCGCGCAGCUCAACGGCCGCGACGCGGGCAUGCCCCCUUUGAGCCCGGAGAAGCCCGCUCUGUGCGCGGGCUGCGGGGGCAAGAUUUCGGACAGGUAUUACCUGCUGGCGGUGGACAAACAGUGGCACCUGAGGUGCCUGAAGUGCUGUGAAUGUAAGCUGGCCCUCGAGUCCGAGCUCACGUGCUUCGCCAAGGACGGUAGCAUUUACUGCAAGGAGGAUUACUACAGAAGGUUCUCUGUGCAGAGAUGUGCCCGCUGCCACCUUGGCAUCUCCGCCUCUGAGAUGGUCAUGCGUGCCCGAGAGUCUGUCUACCACCUGAGCUGCUUCACCUGUUCCACCUGCAACAAGACCCUGACCACGGGCGACCAUUUCGGCAUGAAGGACAGCCUGGUGUACUGUCGCGCCCAUUUCGAGACCCUCUUGCAAGGGGAGUAUCCGGCACCGCUGAGCUACACGGAGCUGGCGGCCAAGAGCGGCGGCUUGGCCCUGCCUUACUUCAACGGCACCGGCACGGUGCAGAAGGGGCGGCCCCGGAAGCGGAAGAGCCCUGCGCUGGGAGUGGAUCUCGUCAAUUACAACUCAGGUUGUAAUGAGAAUGACACUGACCACUUGGACCGGGACCAGCAGCCUUACCCACCCUCACAGAAGACCAAGCGUAUGCGAACCUCUUUCAAACACCACCAGCUCCGGACCAUGAAAUCCUACUUUGCCAUCAACCACAACCCAGAUGCCAAGGACCUCAAACAGCUUGCUCAGAAAACAGGCCUGACCAAAAGAGUUUUGCAGGGAGAACAAAUCUUGGGGCAUUACAGCCAAACAUCCCGACGUUUGAAAAUUCCCUAAAGUAUUAAAAGAAGGGGAAAAGUUUGAUCGGAAAUCCACUGCAGUGAAGACAAAGACAAUAUUAGGUCAUGAUAAUUAUACAUUUAAAAAUAUACUGGGCCAAAAAGAGAGAGAGAGAGACACACAGUGAGAGAGAGACACACACAGUGAGAGAGAGAGAGAGAGAGAGAAAGAGAGAGAGACACACAUUUAACUCAUUUACUGAAUGUUGAAAAAAUUUUUGUUGGUUAUGGUGUCUAACAUAAAUGAAGGCUUCAAAUCAUGUGGUUUAAAACAAAAUUAGAUUAACUAUGUAUAAACCAGAGCAACCUGGCAGUGAUAUGCCCAUCCCAUAUUUGAAGAAAGUUAUUAAAAAAAUUAUCCCACACAUUUGUCAAGCACAGUAGUUGUAAAAUAAAAGUCCAAAAGCAUUCAUUUCACCUGCUUGCUAAUGUAUAUUAGUCUUUAUCUGUUGAUAACAUUUUCAAUUGUAAAUUCAAAGAAAAGCUAUUACUCAUUUAAGAGUAUAGGAAUCAAAACCCAGUAAUUUUAGUAUUAUUGUUUAUUACUUCUUUUCUAAACAGAAAUCUCUGCAUGCACUUUUACAUCUGUCACUUCUAGUGUACAUCUCUGUAUGAUGACUUAUCUUUGCUGUUUCUUGUAUGAUAAUAGCUUUCAUUAAUAAACAUUUUAUUUGAUGCAAACAUAGUUAACUUUAUGUUAAACACACACUGUUUAA